GAAUAUCUGGCAACACGUAAAGCCAUCCAUGAACAUAUGCGGUAGUAGGAAGUGGUGAGGACAGAACACGCCAGUGCGGGCGGUUAAAGGGGACUGCAGGAUAUUUUAAUAUCCCAAUAAAUCGUCUUGAUAGCACAUCUCCAUAUAUCACUGCUGUUGGAGCUAAACUCUGCAGGAAAGUGGACCUCAGGGACCAGAGUUGAGAAUCCCGGUCUGUGAGACAGUUGUUAUACUUUGUUAUUGGUGUAAACAGAAAGAUGUCACCAGAUGAAUUAGUCUACCUAGGAAUCCUUGCUGCAUCAAUACCUGUAGGAUUCCUCUUCCGCUACCUAAGUCCUCCAGUCAAGCAGGGGGCAGCAUUGCUGUUAGGUUUGCUCAUCUCAAUAGCAACCUGUGGGAUCCACACUCUACACUCUCUAUGCACAGUGUUAGGAACAUGGCUGAUUAUAAAGAUGAACUGGCGAAGUGCCCCUGCUCUGUCUUUGGGUUGGACGUUUCUGUACCUCCUCUUUUUCCGUCUGGUUACCUGGUUUGGCCUUCCUCAACCAACACCUUUUGCCAAUGCCAUUCAACUUCUGUUAACUUUAAAGAUGGUCAGUUUAGCCAAUGAGAUUCAAAGUUAUCACUUGGAGAAGAAAAAGGAAGUGAGCACCUUCACCAAAUCCCCAGUGGUGGGAGGACUUUCCCAUGAGCCUUCAUUUUAUGACAUUAUAUCAUACAGCUACUGCUAUGUGGGCAUAAUGACAGGUCCAUUCUUCCGUUAUCAGACGUAUGCAGACUGGUUGCAGCAGUCCAAUCCUCUGUCAUUGCCGGGUAAAGAGCCCUGCCUGCAGAGGCUGAAGAUGGUGCCUGUUUAUGGAGCUCUUUUCAUAGCCGUCAACUCCGUCUUUCCCUUGUCCUAUGUCCAUACUGAUGAGUUCCUGGACCGCAACUAUUUUUACAGGUUUUUCUAUAUGGUGGCAAUUUUCUUUGUAUUCCGGAUGCGUUUCUACUCUGCUUGGUGUGGGGCAGAGGCUGGCUGCAUCAGUGCAGGUCUAGGCUGUUACCCCCAGGGGGCGCUGUCCAAACCUGGAGGAGGGCCAACGAUGAAAUAUUGUCCUGAUCCAGACACAGCUGUGGAGUAUGACUUUAAAACGAUCCAGAACAUUGACUGUUAUAACACAGAUUUCUGCGUAAAGGUUCGGCAUGGCAUGCGCUACUGGAACAUGACGGUGCAGUGGUGGCUUCACCACUACAUCUACCCCAAUGCUCCUUUCAGAGCGUAUGCUCUCAGGGCUGGAUGGACUAUGUUAAUCAGUGCUUAUUGGCAUGGCCUCCAUGCUGGUUACUAUCUCUCUUUUCUCACUAUCCCACUGUGUAUUGCAGCAGAAUCGGCCAUGGAGGCAUCGGUCAGAGCCCGUCUAGGGCCGACAGGCCAGAAUAUCUUCGACUGGAUCCACUGGUUCCUCAAGAUGAGGGCUUACGACUACAUGUGCAUGGGUUUUGUUCUCCUGAAAGCCAGCGACACCAUCUACUACUGGAGCUCCAUAUACUUCAUAAUUCACAUCAUUGCUGUUGUUUGUAUAGGAGUAGCACAAGUGAUGAAAGGAGGUAAAAAGAGAGAGAGAAGGGAACGAGGUGAAGGAGAGAAAGAGGAUGUAGUAAGAGAGAAGGCUGAGUGAAAUGAAUGUGACGUGAUGAUCAUGCUAAUAACUGGAGAGUUGGUAUGUUUACCACAAAAAACAAAACAUUUCCCAACAUGCACUGUAAUAGCCAUCAACUGCCAUUCAAGGUAUUUUGCUUUUUAAAACACAGCACAGAAGUGUAAUACAUGAUGAACCCAAGGACAUCAGUCUGUAUUUUAUUAACAGUGAAAAUAGCUUCAAAUAUUUUCCAUAAUUACAUGUUAUCAUUUAUUUAAAGUUAUUCUUUUUGUUAUCUGAUGAUAAACAGUGCAACCAUAUAGAUGCAUUCUGACCAGGUCAUUAUUGUUUAAAUUAUGUUCUUUAUGCACAAUUGGAAAGGAGGUUUGUAUUGUAUUUUAAUAGUGGUUCUUUGCUCAUCAGUGACCUUGGGACUCAAAUUAAUCUCCCACACAGAGUAACCGAAUCCAUUUACAAAAAAAAACGAAUGAAUGUUGGACCCGUAUCACUACUUUGAGCGCAGAUUUGUGGAGAUUUACUCUCUCUGUACUGGUGUCUUUAAGGUAAUACAACCUUUGUGAUAAGGUGUAUGGAUUGUCAUUAAAACUUAGUCUGCCUUGUUUUUCAUCCAUUGUGAUAGUUAAUGUUUGCGUCAUAUGUAAAAAUAUUAUUAUUAUUAUUCUACAAAGAAUGUGAAAGUAGUUGGUAACUUUUUUUUCACUUUUUCAGAAAGUAGGAGUGAAUGUUUCUGCUAUUUUGCUCAUUCAUUUUUUAGCUUGAUACCACAUGAUGUAAAGUGCAGCUUAAAAUAAUCCAUUUAAAAUUUUGCACCAAUUACCAUGUUACAAAGGAAGAGCUUCUCAAAAGAGCUCAAAAGUUUUGUUCUAACAAAUUAUAAUGAACAGUCCUAUUUUAAAAACAUUCUGAUUAUUUUGUCCUCAUACACCGGUGUUUAGUUUAUUGAUCAGAUUGUGUCCUGGUUCCUGUAAUAUCUACCUGAUAUGUUGUAUAUCUAAUGUUUACUUUCUGGAGUAUUAAACACAGGAUGUGCCACUCCAA